AAUCCGGGGAGAUCGCUGGCGUCACUCUGAGCGAACACGUGGUCGAUACUUACCGUAGCACCUCCUCAGCCGCUGGAGAGCGACUACGAGAGAUCGUCAGUGCCAAUGCAUGUGUGCUGUAUGCACCAUCGGCAAACGACCACACACCGGCUGAGCCUGUGCAGGGAGUGGCCAGGAAGAAGAACGGAG